CUAAAAUCCGCAUUCCUCACCCACCUCCUCGCUAGCAGCAACAUGGCGGACGAACCAAUACCCAGCUCGCCUGAGGAGGAGCGCAGAACAACAAGGAGGAGGACGACUCGCACACCGGCAAAGCCCAUUACGUACGGUAAGCGGGGUACGCCCAGGGGGACUGCGAAAGACACAACAAGCGCGGCGAAGGCCUCGCCCCAGAAGAGGGUUGCAUCGAGCCCCGAUACUGCGCCCAAGAGCUCUCUCAAGUCCAAGGCUGCAGCGAUACGCGCAACUCGUACAACUGCCAAGAAGGAGACCCCAGCCAGUACCGAAUCUCCAGCCAAGAAGGCGACACCAUCCCGAACACCUGUCAAGAAGACGGCGGAGGAUGCCGAGGAGACGCCGCGGUCCGGCAAGCGAGUGGCAGCCUCCCUCGCGGCAGUGCGAAGUGUGAAGAAGCCGCGCACGUCUCUCCCAUCUUUCGACAUUGAAGCAUUCGGCAGCCAAAGCCACGCCGACACUGUCUCGAGCGAGGCGUUUCGCGCCAACGAGCGCCUGCGGCGACAGCGCGAGGCUCGUAACUUCACUUUCGAGGGCGACGCGCACGCACCCCGCACCACUCGCAGCGGCCGCGUUGUGGCGGCGCGUACCUACGGGCGCGACGACACAGAGGACACGGAAGAUACAGACGAGAAGGACGAGUAUGGGGCGCUUGCCGAAGUUGAGCCGGAGCCGGAAGUCGAGGAGGACGCUGGCGUGCGUUUAGACGUGCCCCUACCUGAGUCUCGGGCCGAGAGCCCGGCCAUCGCCCCGCUUCCUGCAAGCGCCCGCCAACACGUGUUGCAGAUCCUUGCCACUCUCACGGGCACCGAACGCGAGCCACUUCCUUUUGCGAACGAGGAGGACAACGAGGCGCUACAAGGUCUGGUGUCGCUUCUCAAGGGGACAAUCGAGCGGGGAGAAGGCAACUCGGCAUUGGUGACGGGGCCACGUGGUACUGGCAAGACGAAGACUGUCGAGCGUGCGCUCCGGUAUCUUCCAAUUGGCGCGGACGCGCCUAUUGUCGUUAGGCUCUCCGGCCUAGCGCAAACGGAUGAUCGCCGCGCCAUCCGCGAAAUGGGCCGCCAGAUUGCGGAAGGAGAAAAUCGGACUUUCGAGGAUCAAGAGGAGGCUGUCGAGGAGGACGCGGGCGAUAUCGCGUACGCACCCACAACGCUGCCCAGUCAUUUGCUGGCACUUCUCCAAGCGCCAUCUCCGCGCGCAAUCAUUAUCAUCAUCGACGAGUUUGACCUCUUCACUGAACAUGCCCGCCAGGCCCUCCUCUACUGCCUCCUUGACGUUGUACAAUCCUGUCAAACAGGUCCUGUGGAGAGCACGCCGCGAGGAAUUUGCGUCGUCGGCCUCACAUCUCGUAUCGACACCAUCUUGCUCCUGGAAAAGCGCGUGAAGUCGCGCUUCUCGCAUCGCAUUUGGCGCGUCGUCUCGCCUCUCGUGCCGGGAGGGCGUGGAUGGCGCGCUGUCCUCCGUUCAGCCCUGAUUUCGUGGGACGAGGCAAAGCUCGCAAAGGAACGCGACAUGCGCCAGUGGCAAGAAGACUGGGCCUUUGCUGUCGACAUGCUGCUGGAACACCCCACGGUUUCUGCCACCCUCGACCGCAUGGCAGCCCUCACAACAGACGUACGCCUCCUCUUCCGCCCCUUCAUCGAGCCGCUCACGGCCGUCCUGAGCGGCCGGCUCGACUUCCUCUCUGUGCCCGGUGUGGCAGCGAGUGUGCGCGCGCAACUCGAGUUGGGCGGGUGGAGCACUGGGCCCACGAGGGCGGGCGCGAAACUUGGCCAGGUCGAGGUCGCCGCAAAGCUGCGUGGCCUCCCGGCCCCUGCACUUGGCGUGCUCAUUGUUGCCAAGCAUCUCUCGUACGCCGGGCGCACCGAGUUCUCCCUCGCUCAGGUCGAGGACGAGUACGCCCGCUUUGCUCGCUCGCGCCUCGUUGGAAGUGGGCGCGCACGUUGGCCACUCACACUGCUGAGGAGCGCGUUUCAUCAGUGCCGCGCCCUCGGUCUGCUCGCCCAAGCAGGGCCGGCUAGUGCCGGGCCAAGGUUUGCAAAGGUGCGUGUGGCGUUGCCGCUGCAUGAGAUUGUCGCAUUUUUCCGGAACGACGGAGGGCAGGCGCUGGGCCCCGAGCUGGCGGGGUGGGGAAAGAUGUCUGGGGGCCAUGUAUGAUGAGCGUGGAGGAGGCCGCUCUUGUGCCGAUGCUAGCAUUUAUGAAUGACGC